AUGCUCAGAGUCCCAGACUGUUUGCUCACAGUAGAAGCUUGCAGAUAUGCCUACUCCCAUCACUGGCGGAUGCACUGGUCUCGUAGUUCCGAGGAUUCCGUGGCGGAGGAGCGAGAAGCUCACUACGGUAAACUCUACACUCAAUUGUCGCCACCUGUCAACAUCACCACCCGAACUUUCCUCCCGCCUUCCCCAUCUUUUCUGUGGAAUCUUGAAGUCUAUUUCUCCAGGCAUAGAAGCCAUGUGAUGGUUCGCGAGGUCCGGCGUUCGACCCUUGGUCAUAAGCGAGGCUUGGGCGUAAAGUUGCACACCCAAUGCCGUCCGAUCAUGAUGUAA